CUACUUGUCUUGAUUCCAUCGUUUGUUUACGUUCAAACAAGAAGAAACAUCUAAAAUUCUUUUAAGUUGAAUUUUCAGAUUAGACUUAGUCCUAAUUUACUGUUACUUGAUACAAUAUUUAUAUAGAUACCGGUAUAUAAAUAGACAAAUUUUCUCACAUUCGUUAACUGUCAGCUCUUCAUUCAAAACUUUUGAAAAAUUAAGCCUAUUCUAGACCUAUUGUGCGUCUAAUUACAUGCUGUGAGGUCGAGAUUAUAAAGAUGACUGGAGAAACAAGGACUGAAUUUAAAUUAAAAUCCCCUCCGGAUGACGGAAUUUCCUCUGUAAAAUUUGGACCGAACUCAUCACAAUUUCUGCUGGUUUCAUCGUGGGAUUGCACAGUAUCAUUAUAUGAUAUCCAGACAAACAACUUGAGAAUUAAAUAUUCUCAUGACAGGCCUGUGCUUGAUGUCUGUUUCCAGGAUGCUGUUCACAGCUUCAGUGGAGGUCUUGAUAAUACGCUUAAAAUGUAUGAUUUCAAUAGCAAUUCAGAAAGUGUACUGGGAACACAUGACAGUGCAAUCAGAGCUGUGGAGUACUCCAGUGAAGUGAACGGAAUUUUGACUGGGAGUUGGGAUGCCACAGUUAAAAUGUGGGACCCCAGAGCCUCACGCUGUGUCGGGAACUACACACAGCCCGAUAAGGUUUACACCAUGAGUUUGUGUGGGGAGAAGUUUGUCGUCGGGACUGCAGGACGAAAGGUCUAUGUGUGGGAUCUCCGCAACAUGGGCUACAUACAGCAGCGACGAGAAUCCAGCCUCAAGUACCAAACACGCUGCAUUCGAUGCUUCCCCAACAAACAGGGAUAUGUGCUCAGCAGCAUAGAAGGAAGGGUUGCUGUAGAGUACUUGGACACCGGAGCUGAAAUGCAGAAGAAGAAGUACGCUUUCAAGUGCCACAGGCUCAAAGAAGGAGGAAUAGAGAAAAUAUAUCCUGUAAAUGCUAUCAGUUUUCACCAAGGCUACAACACAUUCGCAACAGGAGGCUCUGAUGGUUAUGUGAAUAUAUGGGAUGGCCAGAACAAGAAACGUCUGUGCCAGUUCCAUAGAUACAACACAUCCAUAGCGUCCUUGUCCUUCAGCCAUGAUGGUUCAGUCCUGGCCAUCGCUUGCUCCUACAUGUACGAAGAAGAUCCUCUGCCUGACCCUAUGCCAGAGAAUAAUGUCUUCAUUCGCUAUGUCACAGAUCAAGAAACUAAACCUAAAUGAUACCAAGUACUGUCUUGAAUGUAUUUUUUUGUGUUUAGGAUAUUUCUUGUCUCAACUUUAUUUACUUUUUGUAUUGAAGUAGUUAGCAGUUCUUUGUAAUUAUAAUCUUUAUCAACUUUUA